AUGGGUUUUAUGCUGUCUAAAUCUAUGGACCAGAACUUCAAGAAGCAGCAGGAGUUCAUGCUACACAACGCACGGCUCCAGAUGGAGAGACAGAUCCUGAUGCAGAAUCAGAUGAGAGAGAGACAGAUGGCCAUGCAGAUAGCCUGGUCCAGGGAGUUCCUCAAAUACUACGGCACCUUCUUCAGCCUGGCCGCACUAGGCCUCACCAUCGGUGCCAUUAAGAAGAAGAAGCCUGUUCUCUUUGCCCCUGUCGUGCCUCUCAGUUUUGUCCUGGCCUAUCAGAUGGACAUGGCGUAUGGAACGCUAAUCUACCGAAUGAGGGGAGAGGCGGAGAGCAUCAUGGUCUCAGAACACGACCGAUUGGACCUUCCACACGGUGUGCCCAACUUCGAGAGCAUUGAGAAGGCAAGAAGAGCCAAGACCGCCCUCGGCUCCCUCUUUGAGAAAUGACGCUGUCAUGGUGGGUGUGUUGUCCAGUGUCACACCCCUCUGAUCUCCACCCCUGGAAGUGAGUGAGUGAUGCUCCUCGGUCCCCAAGAUCAACGUUCAUCAGGUCUUCACCACAAAGUUAAGCUGUGUUCACAUGCUAUAGAAAUGAUCGGAAACUUGGGUAGCAAGUACCUAGUUAGAUAUUUUAGCAUUUCCGAUCAUUCCAAUAGCACAUGAAUGCGAAAUUAUACAGCCAUCCAUGCACAUAGGACACUUAUUGUGCUGACCUAGGAAUGACUGUUGUGAUCAAAAUCUGCCUUGUUUUAGAAUGAUCUACACCAAUGGUGUUCAGAUAUAUAUUUAAGCCCACAUUAAAAUGGACUUCAAAUGCCUAAGAUUGAUGGUAAGCAGUCACUACUCAGCCCUGCACUACUGUCAAAAGUUUGUAAACGUAUAAAAGAAAAGUUGGCUGCUGAUGAAACUACUAAUAAAAUAUGAUUGUCUGUACGCAG